AUGGAGAACAAAUUUAUCCCUCGAUCCCAGUCUUCUUUAGGGUUCUUUGAAAUCAUUAGAGAGUCUUUCACAACCACAAGAAGAAACCUGAAAGUACUGGGUCCAAUCCUACUCAUUGUAUUUGUUUCCUUUUCCCUCUUAGAUUUUGCUCAGAAGUAUUUGCUUGCACCUGUCAUUAAGGAUUUUGUGUUGCAGUUGGCUAAGUACCCGAACAUGGUUCAAGAUUUCAGUUACAAUAUUGAUCAAACCAAUUAUGCAGGCGCACUCACCGACGUUCGUGAAAUUAUCCUUGUCAAACUCUUGAUCAUGGCGAUUUCCUCUAUCAUCUCAAUAACUUUCUUCGUGGCCAUAGUUUCAUCAUCAUAUGAAGCUUACACUGACAAAGUAUUAGACCCAAAAGACCUUAACUUGAUAUUAAUAAAAAGUUGGAAAAGACCAUUAGUCACUAGCUUUUACAUGAUUCUGCUGACUUUGGGCAUCGUCUUUCUUUACUUAAUUUCUAUGACCAUAACCACCAUCUUGGCAGCAAAUUCAUGGGUACUUUUUUCCUUAGGAGCAAUCACUCUUUCGAUCCCAGUUUGUUACUUUUACAUGGCUUCCCUUUGGAUAGUAAGUAUGGUUGUUUCUGUCUUAGAGGAAGGUUUUAGUGGUGUUAAAGCAAUUGGGAGGGCUGCAGAUCUAAUGAAAGGCAAAAGACUAAAAGCGUCACUGAUACUUGUUCGUUUUGUGGUUGCCUAUGGUGUUGUUCAUCAGAUGGCGAAUUAUCUCCUUGCAAACAUUGAGUUGAGCAGGAGCACACUGCUGGCAAUCACGAUUCCUUUCUCGAACGGAUUCUUUUCCUUGUGGCAACUCUUUAUGCUUGUGGCGUAUACGGUAUUCUACCAUGAAAUGAAAACCAGCCAUGACGAGAGGGAAGGGAGAGGCUUUUAUCUUCCUAUUGCUGCUGGUGAAGCUUAG